AUGACAUCAAACCUGAAAAUGGAUGGGCAGCAGUCUUUUGACAAUUGGGUUGCCGGAAUUGACCUACGCAGAUCUGAAGAUGCUGCCAAAUCGGUUGCAGACUUUGGCUUUGCCACGUGUCGUGUUCGAUUGCUGUCUGGCAAUAACAAGUUUGUUACAUUUCCCGACUCGGCCUCUGGCGCCAAGCAGUUAGAUGCAAGUGAAGCAGCCAGUCUGAAAUCCGGAGCUGAUUCCUCAUCGGUACUGUACUGGAUGAAUCGAGACCAGCGCGUCCAAGGUAAAAUUUUCCUUCAUUUGUUUUUACUACCAUCUUUCGAAUGCCUGAUUAUGAAGACACAGAUCCAUUAUUCUAAGUAG